AUGACUUCGUACUCGUUCAUCAAUGCUUCCGCCCCCGUCAAGGCCGAGUGUAUUCUUCAAGGCACCCAGGGCAGAGCUCUCCAUUGCGGUAGCUACUACCUAACGAACGUGUCCGGAGCUACACAGCUCAACGGCUCUUGCUUACACUCUCAGUUUCCCGACAAUCAGAACUUCAGGACGGGAUAUUCUAUUGUAGGAGGACGCGACCUCACGGACUGCACAACGUUCUAUGCCCUAGUCAGUACAUCCAGCUCAUCUGGGAGUACGACCAAGCCAAAGGGCUCUAAGAUGAGGCUUUUGGCCGUCUUUUCGAUCUUAGCUGCGAUCCUACCGUACGCUUCUGCAGCGCGUCCCAUGCCCAGAACCGACCUAGGACGUCACUUCGAUAAAGGCUCGAUUCUCGAGAGACAAGUGCAGCAGGAGUUCGUCAUCACCCGUGCCGCCAGCCACGUUGACGGUGAAACCAUCGCACUUUCCGCGGACGUAUGUGGACCGGGGAAGAUGAUGGGUCAAUAUGUGGGCAAGUUGACCUUCAAUGAAUCGGAGCCAAUCUCGCGAAAUGCCAGGCAGGUCUUUGACUCUACCGUGUCGUACCCUUCGCCAGUAGCAGAUUCCACCUUGGGCGCCGAGAGCAUCGUGACCUAUGACUUGGACUGCGACGGUGGAUGUGGACACAUCACUUUUACGCCAUUUCUGUAUCGCGUCGAGGGAGAUUUUCGUCCAGGCGGGCCUUAUGGCUAUCGGCGUGACACGCCACGAACACUGAGCGGCGCUGAGCAGUUCGGACGUUUCAAUGUAGUAUGCAAAUAG